AAGGCAACAGUCCGCCCCGAAGCGAAAUAAGUUCCCCAGUUUUUCCACCAACGCACGAAACAAACCAACCUUCAUUACACACCAAAGCCCGGUCGAGGUUGGUCUUGAACUCGCACACACGCACAACGCUCGUUCGUAUCCCGCACCCACACACACACAGACAUACACCCAGGCAGCCGUUAAUACGCCCGCGACAAAAGGCCGCAGCUAGGUGGCUUCACACCGGCCACCGUUUUGCACACAGCAUUCAUAUCCGUUCCGUCCGUCGACACUGACAGCAGCAGCAGCAUUUCGUUCGCGUCGCGUGCUCCAGUGCAGUGCCAGUUGUCUUCCCUCUCGCGAAUGUGCGUACCGACCGGGUGGGUGCCCAGCCCGAACCGGAUGUAAAACGUUCCUCUUCCGGCUCGAACUGUUUGUGCACAAAACUGUCGAUAACCUGCAUUCUUCAGAUUGAGAGAAAUUUUCCGCGUGAAAGUUUGUGUGUGUGUGCGUUUCGCAAAGUGUUGAUCCGUUGCGUUUAGCCAAAAGGAAAGGAGGCAGCGCCAACUUUGAUCCACCAAAAACACGGUGCUUCCGGUGCUGCUUGGAUGGUGGUUGUGCAUGGAUACAACGAACAAGCAGCCACCAGCACCAGCGGCUAGAUCACAGCAUCAGAAAGCUCAUCCCGACCAGCAGCAGCAGCAGCAGAAAAAGCUGCGAACGCCGGACUUUUCCUCAUCCUCAUCACCAUCACAACAACCGACCACGGUACAAAGGGAACAACAACCGUUGCCACCGCAACAGCAACAACCAUCGAAACAGCUCCAGCUGCAUCUACUACAGCCAGAGGACCCACUAUCGGCGAUACAGGAAAAGCCAUCGGAAAACGUCCAGCAGCAGUCACCGGUGGUCGAUACGGCGGCAACGGUACCGGGGCGACACGAAGCGCCCGGCAAACCACCGAAGGACGGACCGACCGGCGGACCGCCCGUGUCCUUUUCCUUCUACAAGACAAUCAAUACGGUGAUCAAGAGCAGUCGCAAAAUUAUAGUGCGCGUUUGCGAGGUGACCAAUGUAAAGACCAAGCUCAAGAUGUUCAAUCUCUACUCGACGAUGAACAAGCGCAAUGGCGCGGACGAUAAGGAGGCGAAGGAGGUCGAAACGACCGGGCACGAUCGGUUCUGCCAGGAGCGACCGUCGAGGUCGAGCUACCGGCGGAAAAAGAGAAAAAUGAGACGUGCCCAGUCGGCGGCCGAAUUCCAAGAACCGCGCACCGAACCACCGCUUACCGCGGCCAACAAACGCAUGCUGUUCAGAGGUCGAUCCAUCAGCUCCGAGCACGACAACAACUCGGAAACCGAACAUUCCGAACGAUCGCCGCUGGUCAGCGCCAAGCUUGACUCGCUGGCCAAGUUCCUCUUCAGCCGGAGCCUGCUGCAGGACAGUACCGGUGCGGCCAAAGAGAACGACUCGCCGACAAGACACAGCGUGCGCUACCAGCAGUAUACGGCACUGGACAGUGGUAUCGGGGCACCGGAUCGCAGUCCACGGGAGCGAGCAGCACGGGAACGGGCGUAUGCCGCCUGCCAGGAAUGGCUACAGAACACGGGCGGCCGGUACGAGUCCAUCGCACACCUAGAUGACAUCGGAUCGCGCUCCAAUAAGCACUGGUUCCUGCUGAACGAUUGCACGAUACGUACCGAUCGGCUUAUGACGCUGCUACCAUUACCUCCCGAUUGUAUUGCCUUAGAAGAGUUGCCGCCCUCCGAAUGUCCCCAGGGUGUGCUGAUGGAGCUGCUCGGUUCGCUCCAGCAUCCGUACAUCUAUCCGGUGCUAGAUCUAGGUUUUUUCCCCUCCGAUUCCCACCAGUACACCAGUCUCGUGAUGCCAUUCAAUCCGCGCGGCAGUCUCAAGGAUCUUAUCUACAAGUCACAAUGGAACGAACCGUGGAGUCGCAAGUACACGCGAAAGUCGACGUGUUUGCCGCUGUCCCAGGUACAGCGGCUCGGGCGACAAAUACUGGAGGCACUGCUGUUCCUACGCGAGCGCGGCAUUCCUUCGCACGGUCAUCUGCACAGUGGUAAUGUCAUCCUGCAGAAUGGAGUUGCUCGAUUGUCCGGGUUGGAAAAUGGACUGCUUGGAUUGAACUCGCGCGUCAACGCCGUCAUCUGGGCACGAUCCGCGCCGGACAUCGAUAACAUCGACGUCAUCUGCUUCGGUCACCUGCUGUUCGAGAUGUGCGCCGGUUAUGAGCUGACGUCACCGCAGCCAACACCCGGCCACUACCAGCUCGAUCUCGAGCGAUAUCCACAGGUGGUCGAUGUACUGCAGAUGAUCUUCGAGUCACCGGAUGGCCGCUACCCGACGGUGGAGGAGCUCGUGCUUUGUGAUAUUUUCCGCAAUAUCGAUUUAAGAGAAAUGCGAGGAACAUGUGUGCCUUCCUUCAAACACGGUUUGAGCAGCUCCACCCUGAGCUUACUGAAUGCGGUCCGGCGUCGCCAGGGAGCCAUCCUGAGCGGUUCGUACAGCGAGGGCAGCUCACCCUGUACACCACCAUCGACGCCACGUGAUCGGAAAACCGGUGAUGUAGAAUCCUCCGAUCUGUCUAGUAGUGAUUCUGAAGAUCUGUUAGAUGAAAUAGUUAUAGCGUCAGCCCGCAUCGACGAUCCAUGCCAUUACGAUCCACUGAGCUCGCCGAUACAUUACUGUGACAAUAAUGUCCACUCGGACGACAACAGCAAUAGUAACAACAACACAAUCAUUCGUAUAGAUUCGAUCGAAGAAGCGCACGGGGCCGGCACAUCGUCCUCGGCGGCCACGGGCUCCUCGGUGGGUGCGGUGGCGGGCGGUUCGGGCGGGUCGGGUGCCGUCAACCUCAACCCGUCCUCCGCGUACAAGAACUCCAAGUCGCGCCGCAUGGAGUACAGCCGGCGCGGCAUGAUACUCGGGCUCAGCAACCCAUCGCAAGACUCCGCGUUCGGUUCCAUGACGGACGGCGAAUCGUCCAGGGCGUCCAGCUUUAAGCUGAGCAGCUUCGCCUCCAUGAACUCCCCGAUCGACGAGGGCGUGGAGGAUCUGCUCGUUGAGCAGGGGGGAGCGGCCAGCACCUCCGACAAUCUAGCGACCACGAUUGCCAACAUGAAGUACAUCGAUUCUACCGGGUCCUCGCCCUGUCACGACUAUCAUCACCACACGCAGUCACAGGUGUUGCCGCAAACGUCGGGCUACAACACCUCGCCCGGUCCGUGCGCUGUCAGCAGCUCCCGGACGGAACCGUCGAUCGCGUCCCGGGACAUUUCGCCGAGCCGCUCCAGGUUCCUGGAACCGCCCAAGCUCGUCAUCAACAAUCAUUCGUCCUCUACGACGAACUCUUCGCUGUGUUACACACUGUCCCCGCUGCGCAAGUGUGCCACCACCGAGGUGUUCUCGCAGAAGUACCGCGUGUCAUCGUUCGAGGACAUGUCGUACAACUCUACGCGCAAGUCAAUCAAAAACACGAGUCGCAAGAUUUUCCGCUCGUUCGAGGAGGAGCGUCGCAUCGAUUCGGCCUUCAUGCCGAUCGAUACUUCGCGCUCGCAGUCAUCUCAGUCCCGGCCGGCGGGACAGCUGCAACCGCAGCUCUCACUACCACCGAUGCUGGCCCCACCGUCAACACCGUCUCCGAAGCAUGCCCCUUCGCCGGUGUCUCCGUCGCGCAAGAACCAUUCGUCCUAUCAGAAUCUGCACACGAUCGUACCGACGGCCCGAGAGCGAGGUCUCCAAUGGCGCAGCAAUUUGAUCAAAUCAAACGAGUGUCUGUUCGAGACGUCCUUCAACUGUGUUCCCGGUGGACACCACCAUCCACAGCACCAGCAACAGCAACUCCACGCGCACCAGUUCCGCUCGGUCUCUAGCUUUUCCGGAGGUCCUCAUUCAGAGGUGGAUCGUAUGCUCCGAUCGCACGGUUCCCAGGAUCUCCCCACAACCGAAACUGGCAGCAUCGGUGAGAUGAGCUGUGAUCGGUUCAUACUUACCCCGGAACCGCUACCGCCCGGCAGUCCCUCCUGCACAUUCUCCGUGACGUCUACCACCUCCGCCUCCUCACCGGCCGCAUCACUCGCCUCCACGAGCCGCAACCGCCCGAACCGAACCGACCGGCAGCAACUGUUCUCGCUGGCACGGUUCAAGCACAGCACAAUCCUGGACAGUGUGUCCAUCGAAGACUUCUCGUCGGAAACGUCGCUCCGGGCAGCUACCGGCCGUUCCAACAGCCCGGCGAGCCCUUGUCGCACUGCAGCCAGUGCCGCGUCCUCAUCGUCAACCGGUGGCGAGGGCGCAACGCUGGAGUUUGAAGCGAAACCACUCUCGUCGGACGUUACCUGCACGUCGGAUGCUUCGGACACUGCCAGCGAGGACGCAACGAGCGUUAGCACUACGGACACUUCCCUGCUCAAGUCACCGGUGCCACAACGCUCGACCGCCGGUUCGACCAACGUGACCAUCGAGCACACCCAUCGGCACAAGCACGCACCGCGGGACGUACGUCAGUACCUGGACGAUGCUGCCGGUAGCGAUGAGUUUGGCAGUGGAAACGAGGAGAAAACGCCCCUGCUGGAUGGUAUGGAACUGUCACCGAUCUCACCGACCGAAUCGGAACAAAUGUUGUGAUAAUAUCUAGGCACGGUCGGGUGCGCAAGCCGCUUUUCCGAUGACUUCGGCGACGCUGUUCAGGCCGAGAUACUGCUGUGAAAGAGGGAAUACACCGAUACAGCUGAAGCUGGCGAAGAAAGAGAGAGAGAGAAACAAAAAAAGGGUAAGAGAGGAUAAACUUCAAAACAGGUCUUUUUAAUAGCAACAUUUAAUAGCGCGAAAAACAGAAUUGUUACCAUUUUAUUACCACUUUUUCCAACGCGAAACCAAUACCGAUUCCAGUUUGGUAGAGUAAAACAAGAUGUUUUCCCUUCUCAGCCUACUUAGCGAGCCGUUGACAGGUUGUAGUUAGUAGUAGUUGCAGAAUCCGCACACUAGGACAACCGUUGCGGUUCGAUUUUAAGACAUUCUUAGGACACAGAGUAUGACAUUUCUCAAGGGGAGUUGGUGUGAUCUUUAAGCACCUUCCUCCCCCGUUAUGACUAUAUAAGGAUAGGCGCAUGUCAAACGUCUUUUUUAGCGUAGUCAACUUUAAGUAAAGUAUGACAUUUUACAACCCCGCCCCCGGCAUACAAUGAAUAAAACAGGGAUAGAAUUCUUUCCGUACCUUCGUAAUAGACAACACAAUUCCUUCUUGCCUCUUCUUAAGCAGAAACGAAAGUAAUAAUUCUUCUCACUAAAAUUUCUCUCCAACAACAAGAAAAACCUGAAACACCCCAAACUGUCUCCUCUUUAAGGCGCUGCAUUUAACAUUCCUUAACUCAUGUGCAGUGUUCUCCCUGGAGCUGAAUUAGGCAGGCAGGCGUGUGGAAAGGAAGAUAAAAAAAAGUCCCCCCGACCCGUGCAACCCGUGAAAUACAGGCGCGCAAUGUAAACCAAAGGAAUCUAAAAACAAACGUCAAUCAUGAUAAAAUCAGUAUUUAAAUCAAUAAUACGUUAUAUAUACAUAAGACGAGGUGUGGCUCCCGUUCGUUUUAGUGGCUGAGAGAGGCAUAAAAGGGCAGUAUAGUUUUUCUUUCUUUGGGACACGAGACCUAGCUAAUUCCAUCAUCACAAUUCAAUUGAGCGACAAUGAAGAAAUGAACCCGAGCGCAUAAACGAGCUCAGUACACACGCGGAUCACCGAACGCGGAGGACGCAAAAUACGAUGCUAUACAGUUUUCUAACUAAAAGUAAGGAAAUACAUUUGCCCAGUGGGAAAGCGCCGAUGUGAUGUGGGCUGGAUGGAAAGCGGAAGACGAAGCAGAAAGCGAGAUAGUAUUAGGCUAUGUGUACACACAUUCAUACAAUUCUUUUAAAACAGCAAGCGCGACAUCUCUUCCACCAGGAAGCUUUUUCGCCGCUAGGUAAUUGUGCGUUGAUGUAAAAGAUGCUUAUUAAACUAGGAGACAGCCACGGAUGUCACGACUCUAGCCAUGUAAGAGAAACUAGUAAAAUUGUGAAAAGAAAAGAAAAACUAUAUCUAACAAAUCUUUCGUUCCUUUAGUCACACAGCAAAAGAGCAGAGGGCGAAGAGAAUCGCAGUAUUCCGCAUUACACGAAAACCUGUACAUGUGUUGAGGCCAAACAUAAGCAUAACAGAGAAACGAGUGUUCGAACCACCUAUGACUUAACUUACUGAACUUAUUGAACCUUUUUCGAUUAAUCUUUACUUCUCUCAGUCGAGUUAAUGGCUUUCAUCUCGAAUGCAAUUUCUUUUUGCUACUUCUUUCUAUCCUUUGUAUCGAUCUCGAAGGACACAAGCCCUUCUACUUAUCUAUUCUUCCUUUUCCUAUGCCAUCAUCCCUAGCACAGAGACGCCCCAUUAGACAAGGGUGCACUAUUCAUGACACACUGUACAAAGAGAGCAAGAGAGAGAGAGCGGUCUGCUCACUAAGCGACAAAGGGGUUAGAGAUUGCUGUAACCGUUGAUAGAACAAUUUCAGAACCGUCCCUAAUAAUCACAAUACCUUUUUAGAAGUUAAAUACGUUCAGAGGAGCAGGACUAAAUAAUUCCUUUUCCCAGGGGGUACUUGUAGAGAAGAAAAAACACGCGUUUCCCAUCUCUCCUUUUUCCCGAGCGCUCGACAGACAAAAAGGAAAAACAGAAAAAAUACUAAAGAAGAUAGAAACACUUAACAAAAAAAAAAACAGGAAAAUACUUAACUGCUCAAUUAAGACACAUACCGACAUAAGAGUAUAGAAAAGACAGCCCACAAUAAAUGGUUUUAUUUUGAUGGGUCCAAUUGCAAAACAUCGAUCGCGGAAAAGCAAGAAGAAGAAAAGGAGUUUGUUGUAAGUAAAAUCUUAUUUUACAUCCUGUAAUAAACCGAUCGUUUCCCAUUCAUGCUUGUAGAAAUAGACACCCGAGCACACAUCUGUACCGGCUUAUUGUAACUACAACCAAAACCAUGAACAACAAUGCUACACAUACAUAGUCAAGCGAAAAAGACAACCCGAUGACAAUGGUACAGAAUACAAUCAGUGAGGGCAGCAGAACGGACCGAAACGAUGGAUAACACAUAAUAGUUCAGUAAAACUUCCGAGCUUGAUCAUUAUAGGAAAGAAAUUAAACGAGAGAUGAAUAUAAGAGCUACACAAUCCUAUAACUGAAAUAGAAUGUAAUUAUUGCCAACACAAAAAGAAGGACUGCCGAUCGCUCAUCGCCGAGCCGGCACUACAUCAAUACAAUACAAUACAUUGAACUUGCUGAAUGCUAGUGAAUCGAUCUAGAAGAAAUUCGAUCAAUAAAUAAUAUUCAAACCCCCUCUACCCUCCCUAUCAUUCCCUAUCCCCGGCCACCAUCUCUUUCCUUUUGUCGUAGUUUUUCGGCUAAAACUACAAAGCAAACCAAACCGGAAGUACGUAUAUGUAAUACUGUAGGGAAAGAAGUUGUUCAUAACGAUUUAGUUCUCAGCAUUACGAAAUGUUUCGAUUCAGUUUACACACAUUCUACCCCACGAAAGCUUUAAACACAACACACCUACUGUUGCGAUCAUAACCGCUCCAGGAAGUAAUGUAGCUACAGUACAGCUACAAUUGUUCAAAAAAAAACACGUGGUUCAAUUUUAAGUUUGCGUUUGUUUGCUCGAUCAUCGAUCACCAAUUUGCUUCGCCCAUAUCGCGAAGUCCAUAUCAAAGUCCAAAAUUCAAACAAAACGAAUUCUAGCAAUAAAAUGGAACAAACUUUCAA